UUUUGCUUGUGUUGCAACAGCACACGAAGAUGUGGCUUUUGUCCUACAAGAAAUGCUUGGUAGAAGUUCUUCCUGAAUGUCACUUCAACGUGAUCUUAAAGAAGUUCCCUUAUUCAGUUUUACUUCUCUUUAUGUGAAACGAAAACAAACAGCUUCACAGUAAGCAGGGCAAGAGAGUAGCUAGUGGGCAAUGAAAACUCUGAAAUUCUGAGUUAGGAUCAAGCCUGUGUGCCAAGGACAAUAUGAACAUGAAAGAGAUUUUCAUCCUGCUGCUGGAUUUCUAUUUGGUCUUCCGUGUUCAAACCAUUCAAGAGAGUAUCCCAAUGAAAAGCUUGAAGUGCUACAAUGACUACAACUCACAGGUGACUUGCACAUGGAUGGAGCAUUCAGAGGCUCAUGACCUCGUUGGUAUGAUCCUUUACCAAAGGGAUAAUGUUAACAUGGAGAACAAGGACAUGUUUUGCAAACGCCAGACAGAAAAUGACUUACGUGAAACUUCAGAUGUGUACGUGCACUGGGUCUGCCACAACACUACAGACUAUUUUGGAAUAGGGGUAGAUGAUAUUUAUGGCUUCAGACCUAAAAAGGUGCUUCAAACGGAAGUGGAUGUUGAUCUUUUCCAAAAUGUUCAGCCCCUCCCACCUCAAAACCUCUCAGUGACCUCAAUGACAUCAGGAGAUUUCCUGCUGACCUGGGAAACAGCCGAUGGAAGCCCAGGGUUGGGCAAUGCACUGGACUAUGAGGUCACUUACAAGCGCGAGUGGGAGUCCUGGGAGGAAGCUGCCUCGCUCGUGCUCUCCAACACCACACACUGCAGUCUCAGCCGUGAGGACCUUGUCCCAGGGAGCAGCUACGUUGCCCAUGUGCGAGCCAGACCGGGGCAGGCCAGCGGCUUCUCUGGGCAGUACAGCGAGUGGAGCAUGGAGGUGUCGUGGAAGACCCCUGAAGGUGGCCUUCAGCCCAGAAACCUUCGCUGCCUCUUCGAUGGUAGAGAUCGUCUGACGUGCAGCUGGGAAGUGAAAAAAGUGAUCACCACCUCUGUCCUCUUUGGCUUGUUCUUCAGGGCCACCCCAGCAUCAGAAGAAGAGGAGUGCUCUCCUGUGCUUGAGAAGACUUUGCCCCACACCUCAUAUGUGGUCCAGAGCUGUGAGAUCCCUGUUAAUAAUUCCAGCAGCCAGAGCCAGUACCAUGUGUCUGUCCGGACCAAGACAGAGGACAAGCUGAUUGAAGCCUACAAAAACAUUCAGGUGCUGCCGCCUGCAAAUGUGUCAGUAACAGCAACAGAGAACCAAGAGUAUGAACUAAGGUGGAUAAAACACAAUUUGAAAUACAACUUCAUAACACAGAGAUACCAAGUCAAGUACUGGGAAAACAACCGAUAUGAAAAGACUCUCCAGGAGUUAAAUAUCAGCAAUGAUGAACCUCCCUUCAUCUUCACCCUGCAGAUGCUGGCAGCAUCUACAGAGUAUAGGGGGAAAAUGCGUGCAAGGGUGAAUAGGCCUCUGGAAUAUGAGGGACCUUGGAGUGAAUGGAGUGAGGAGUUCACCUGGAAGACUGAGAGUGUUCUGGCACCUGUGGUUCUCCCAGUGACGCUCCCAGCUCUCAUCAUCGCUUUGCUGGUAGUUGCUUGUUGCAGCUAUAAGUAUUUCCUCAGGAAGAAGAAAAUGUGGGAGGAAAAGAUUCCUAACCCCAGCAAGAGUCUCCUGAUCCAGAGCUACCUUGGGAAAGGACAUUUGGGAAGUUGGCCAACAAGCAACCAGCUGGACUUCAACAAAUACAACCUUUCUGAGAAGAUGGAGCAGGCUAGUUUCCUUCAAGUUGUGGAGAGGCAGGUGAAGACUUUGACCGAGUGCCUUGAGGACCAGACCAGGAAGACAGAUGUUUCCUCUGUUACAUCGGACCUGCAGAACUCAUACCAUGCUUUAAAUGAGUCAGAGCAUGCCCCCGUUGCCUGCUCAAGCCAGAGUGGCAGUCACUCCUUUCCCAUUUCAAGGAGAAACAGUGCUGAUGCAAGUAUUGCUUCCCACAGAGCAAUCCCUUGCUUUGCUUUCAAUGGUCCAUACUUGUACAACCCGGUGGUGUCCUCUCACCCUGAUACACAUCAGACCCUGGAAGUGGACCCCAUGGGACUCGGUAAGAAAUGGGUUUCCCUUCAGUAUGUGACUCUCCCAGGGGAAGACUCUCCCCAGGCCCCACAGAGAGAAGAACAGCCAGGAACAGCUCCUCCAAAGGACAUGCUCCCAGAUCAGAAGGGAAUGAUGCAGCACCUCAAUGACAAGGAAGAAGCCUUGCAGGCCUCACCAGCCUGUGGGGAAGGCACCAAUGAGGGAACAGAGGAGCAGAACGCUCCAAAGGCUCUCCGCUGUACCACGUCUCCUCAACUGUGCCCCUUGGAGUACGUUGCCACAGACAGCCCCUUACUGCCAUCAGCCAGCUCCUCCACCCAUCCUCCACUUCUCACAGCUGAGGAAUCACCUUGUGGCUCACAGGAGCCCCAGCUUCCCAGUGGUGACUCCUUCCAUGAGUUUUCUCUGGGGAAAACUGGUGUCAUGAUCCCAGUUUCAGGACAAGCACCAACAUCAUCUCCUGAAUUGCACCUGGAUGCAUUUGGUGACUAUCUUACUGUGCCUGAAGGUCUCCAUGAACAUUUAAAACCCACAAAGAUUUAUUUGCCUGUAUUACAGAAGGAAAAUGGUAUUUCGAGAAAGCAGCCUUUGUCAGAAGGUGACUUGGUGGUGUUAAACCCUGACAGCAGUGAGCCAGUUUUCCUUUGCCAGGUUGGUGAUUAUUGCUUCCACAGCCUAAAAUCCAUUGUGAAGAUGGCUAAUAGUCAGGAAGGCCACCAAGUCAAGAAACCUUCUGAAGGCAAGACAACACUUGGGCAGCCUGUAUGUGAUGAUGAAUCCGUCACGGGCAAGGAAAAGGAUGUAUGGAAGAGGGAAAAAAUACAGACCAUUCAGCUUUUCAAAAACCUGAAAUCAGAUGAUUACUUUUCCUGGCAGCAAUCUCUGGGGAUCAAAGAAAUCUGUUAAAUGGGUAAAUAAAUAUUAACGAAUACUAAAGAGACAGGUCACUGAAAGAGGUUCACUAUCUGGUGAAAAUGAACCCUCAAACCUAGGGACAAAUAAACACCAGUUCCAUUUUCAA